UGGCCUACUAGCUACACUACACUAGUACUCCUUGGUUCAUUCUAUCGUUGGCCAAAGAAAGAGCUCGUCUCUCCCCAAGCACACACACGCUUCUCCGUCUCCAAAAACCCUCCUCUCUGCACGGGCACGCCAUGGACAAUCCUCCGGCCGGCAACGUGGCCCAUCCUCUGGCAGCGGCGGCGGCGGGCAACAAUGUGGCCAACCCUCCGGCGGCGGCGGCAGCGGCAGCAGCAAACAACGUGGCCAAUCCUCCUCCGGCGGCGGCAGCAGCAAACAACGUGCUCGAUCAUCUGGCGGCGAUGGAGGCAGCAGCAGCAAACAACGUGGCCAAUUUUCAGGCGCAGCAAGCAGCAGCGGCUGCAGCGGCGGCGGCGGCGGCGGAUGCUGCUGCAGUGGCUGCCGCUGCAGCGCUGGAGCGGCGCCGCAAGGAAGACAAGGAUUGUGCGUGCUUGUGCUGUGUGUAUAUCUUGGGCGUGCUGCUCUUCUUUGCUGUGAUGAUUCUGCUGACGUCCAAGCCAUGGAAUCGAGGCUAGAGAUGAUCUCUGGAGCAUGCACUUCCUUGGAACUAAUGACCUACCAGGUGGUUUCCUCUAGUAGUAGUACUAUUGCUGGGAAGAAGAACUAGUACCGUCUAGAGUGGUGUGUAGAUCAAUCAUUGUGAUAAGCCGAGCAAGAUUUCAGUUUAUGUGAUGCCUAGUACUGCAGUCUUUGAGUUUGAGGGUGUGCAAAACUUGAGGGAGAUCUAUA